ACCGGUUGACAUUUGUAGUUUCUCUGUCAUGCAGGGAAGCCGCAAACCAAGUUUAACACAUGGUAAAACGUGUUUUACAAAAAAUAUUUAAUUUUUUAAAUAAUUACGAAUCCUAAAAGUUGGUGAAAAUCUGUCUCUAAAAAUAUAAAAAUAUCUAUCAUACGCAUUCCACAUAGGGUUUCGUAAAAUUUACCCGGACCACGUGUACGGAUGGAAUAAGUGAUUUUCAAUAAAAUUUUCCACCAAUAACUUAAAAAAAGAAGUUUCAAAAGACGAAUUAAGGGUUAGAGUACAUCAAGCGUACAUAGCGAAGCCGAUACACGUGGGAAAAGUGAAAAUGGCACACGCUGAAGGCGACCUUCGUGAUGGGUUAUCGGCACGAGAAAUCUUCGCAAACAGCGAGGGACUCACUUACAACGAUUUCCUGUUACUUCCUGGAUACAUUGAUUUUACGGCUGAAGAAGUAGACUUGACAUCGCCCCUUACGAAAAAGAUUAAUCUGAAAGCUCCAUUGGUAUCGACCCCCAUGGAUACGGUGACUGAAGCCGACAUGGCCAUAGCAAUGGCUUUAUGCGGUGGAAUCGGUAUCAUUCAUCACAACUGCACGCCGGAUUAUCAAGCUAACGAAGUCCAUAAAGUGAAAAAAUAUAAACAUGGUUUCAUAAGAGAUCCAGUUUGUAUGGGCCCCGAAAAUACUGUUGCCGAUGUAAUAGAAGCCAAAAAGAAAAAUGGCUUUACAGGUUACCCUAUAACGGAGAAUGGAAAGUUAGGAGGCCGACUGAUUGGUAUUGUUACUUCGCGGGAUAUUGACUUCAGGGAAGGUGACCCACAACUGAGCCUUAAAGAGGUUAUGACACCAAUUGAUGAAAUGAUCACAGCUCAAUCUGGUGUAACUCUCCAAGAUGCCAAUUAUAUUCUUGAAAAGAGCAAGAAAGGAAAACUGCCAAUAAUUAAUGGAGCUGGUGAGCUUGUAGCUUUGAUAGCUCGCACAGACUUGAAGAAAGCUCGUAGCUAUCCCAAUGCUUCUAAAGAUUCUAAUAAGCAGUUACUAGUUGGAGCUGCAAUCGGAACUAGAGAAUCUGACCGUGAGCGCCUGAAACUUCUUGUCAGCAAUGGUGUAGAUGUCAUAGUGCUUGAUUCCUCACAGGGUAAUUCCGUUUACCAGAUUGAAAUGAUCAAAUUCAUCAAAAACACUUACCCUGAUAUACAAGUCAUUGGUGGUAAUGUGGUAACCAGAAUGCAGGCGAAGAAUCUCAUUGAAGCAGGAGUGGAUGCUCUUAGAGUUGGUAUGGGAAGUGGUUCUAUUUGCAUCACUCAGGAGGUUAUGGCUUGUGGAUGCCCUCAAGCCACGGCUGUUUACCAAGUCUCAUCGUAUGCCCGCCAAUUUAAUGUUCCAGUUAUUGCAGAUGGAGGCAUUCAAUCUGUAGGUCAUAUUGUAAAGUCUCUAGCUUUAGGAGCUUCUACAGUCAUGAUGGGUUCGCUGCUAGCUGGUACAUCUGAAGCCCCAGGUGAAUACUUCUUCUCUGACGGUGUCAGGCUUAAGAAGUACAGGGGUAUGGGAAGUCUGGAAGCCAUGGAAAACAAGGAUGGUAAAGGUUCUGCUAUGAGCCGUUACUUCCAUAAAGAGUCAGAUAAGCACAGGGUUGCCCAAGGGGUGAGCGGCAGUAUUGUAGACAAAGGCUCAGUGCUAAGAUUCCUGCCAUAUUUGCAAACCGGAAUGCAACAUAGCUGCCAAGAUUUGGGCGCGAAAUCCGUCUCUAAACUACGUGAUAUGAGUUACUCUGGAGAUUUGAGAUUCAUGAAGAGAACUUAUUCUGCGCAAUUGGAGGGCAAUGUGCAUGGUUUGUUUUCUUAUGAAAAAAGAUUAUUUUAAAUAGUCUUAUAUUAUCCUGCUUUAAACAUUUCUUAAGAUUGUGAUAUCAAUAUAUUUGUGCAUUUCAGAAAGAUAUAUUGUGUAUGAAAUAAGCAAAAUAUUCAUAAUAAGAGCAUAAUUAUUGUUUUCUAGUAUUUGUAUAUUGAGAAAAUUUAAAAUGAGUUGUUGACUGGUAUAUUUUUUGCUAAACAGAAGUAUUUCAUAUUAUUGUAAAUUUUUAAAC